AAACACAGACUAGGACCAGGCAACUCAUUAAGCAGAGGUUGGGGUUCCAACCCCAGUAAGAUCUAGAUCCAUCCCAGAAACUGUCACUGCUUCGUGGAGGCCAUGCGUGACCUUUGGCUCUCUUCCCUGUUGACCAACUGGUGCUAGACUCACCCAGAGUGGGAUUUAUUCCACUCACCCCGACUUGUUUGCCAACAGCCCCCUUAUGAUCCACUCAAAUCUGGCACUUCUUGGCGCCUGGUGGAGCACAGUGACAUGCCUGGCACAGUUGUCCUGCCAGGUCCUGAUAGGUGUGCCACGCCUCCAGGCAAGGUGCCAACUUGUAAGACAUAAAAGCCUGGUAUCCCCCGAGCAGUUCUUGUGACUGGCACCAUGAAGGGGAGCAGCACGCUUCUGCUGGGGGCUCUAACCCUGAUCUGCGUCUGUGGGCUGACCACAGCAGAGGAUGACAAUGAGUUUUUCAUGGAAUUCCUGCAAACGCUGCUGGUGGGAACCCCAGAAGAGCUCUUUGAAGGGCCCCUGGGCAAGUACGAUGUCAAUGACAAAGCCAAGUCAGCACUGACAGAGCUCAAGACCUGCAUCGAUGAACUGCAGCCGGAGCAUAAGGAGCAACUGGUCAAGCUGCUGGUACAAGUGUUAGACACUCAAGAGGACACAUAAGCAGGCCUGAAACAUAGCUUGACUUCCAUAAAUGACAGGACCAGCCACACGAGCAGCCAUGGAUGUGCUAAGACCACCGCUUCCUCACAAAAAAAUUCACCCUCAAACUGUUAAAUCAAUAAAGCGUCCUGAGCCCA